AGCAGGACUUGCAGGAUUGCCAUGUAUUUCUGCAUAUAUAAGCAAAGAUGGCGUUUGAUUGCUAGAGAGAAAAGCAUCAGGGAUUGUUUGUUUUGGAGUACUAACAAAAUACCAAGGAGUUGAGUUGAUCAAGAGGAAGAGGAACAAUGCAGGCUGUGAAGGACAAGCUUCAUGAUAUGAGCGAAAUGCGCAAGGUCAAGGCUGAAGCCAAGGCCGAGGAGAAGGCGGAGAAGGAAUUGGCGAAAGCAAGGAUGGAUAUCGCUCACGAAGUUAGAAUGGCAAAAGAAGCAGAAGCUGAGAUGGAGCUGCAUGUCUCUAAAGCUGGGGUUAGAGCGCAGAGGGAGAUUGAAAAACAUACAAACCAGAAACCAAAUGCAAAUCAUAGUAAUGCUGCUGCUACUGACACUGGCCCCAUCUACCACGACCACCACCACCCCACCACCACAACAGGUGCCGCUGGCAGAGCUCCGCCUUCCUAAACCGUCACUGGUGGACCACCAACUCAUAACUUGCUCCAGAUGGCACCAAUAACGUCUGUGUUUGAUUUUUUCCUUUCUUAUUAUUUAAUCAAAUUUCAUGAUCUGUCAUUGUCCACAUUAAAAUCCCACAUCGAUUUGGCAUAAUCCAACGGAAUGAUUUAUAAGUAAAGCUUUUACGAAUA